AUGACAACACUUCAAGAUGAUAAUUCAUUAGUUACAAGCCAAAGAGCUGAAUACUAUUCUAAUUCACAAGCACCUAAUUACAAUCCACCAGCAGCUCAAAAUUUUAGUCAAAAUCUUAUUUCUCAAGAACCUGGAACUAUUCCUAUUGAACAAUCUCAACAAACUUAUUUUACUAAAACUUAUGCCCCUCAAAAUCAAUAUGCUACACAGUAUAUCACAGAACAACCACAAAAUGAAGUUCAAAUAAAUAACCAAGUACCUUCCAAUACUAUGGGUGUUCAAUCUUUACCUCCUUAUUUAAUUCUGUCAACCCCUAUGAAUCAAGAAACUACUAUUCCAGUUUCAUAUACUCCACAACCAAAUUAUAAUCAAAACCAAUUUAUUGCACCAACACAAUAUGAAGAACCUAGUAUUGUUAAUGAUUUUGAUCAAUCAGAAAAUCUAAAGGAAAAAAAGUAUGCACGUUUAACUACUAUCUUUGCUAUAUUAGGAAUUUUUAUGCCACCACUUUUUAUCCUUUCCUUCUUAUUUUCAAGAAAGUCAAAUAAAAAGUCUAUUAGAGUAAUUGGUAAUAUUGCUCUUUUAUGUUUUGACAUUCUCUUAUUAGUAUUUGUCUUCUGGAUCUUUACGUCUUAUUAA